AUGCCCAUGUGGCCGGAAGGACCAGCCCCCGAUAUUGUUAUCCAAGAGAUUAUGGCUCACCAGAACGAGACAAGGAAAAUGAUGUAUUCUAUGAUAGCCAGAGCGCUACAGAAAGCAGGAUCGAAGGAGCAUCCCCUGCGCUAUUUGGUAUUCCUCUGUGUCGGUAAUCGAGAAGAGGAAGGCAGUGACGAGGGGAAGCUGGAUAUUAGCGACGCUUCCAAAUACGGCGAAACACUCUCCAAAACCCGUAGAUAUAUGAUUUACGUUCACUCCAAGAUGAUGGUAGUGGAUGACGAGUACGUGAUACUGGGCUCGGCUAACAUAAACAUGCGGUCCAUGGCCGGCGAGAGAGACACGGAAAUCUGCUCCGGAAUGUUCCAGAAAAAAUACCGUGCCACCCUAGAUGCCUGCCCACAAGGACAGGUAUACGGAUACCGACGUGCGUGCAUGGGCGAACAUCUCGGGGGCCAAAGCGACAUGCUGGAGAAGCCAUGGACAUCGGAGAGCAAUCUGUGGAUACGAGAGCAGGCUGCCAAGAAUUGGGAGCUGUAUAGUCAAGACAACCCUGUCAAUAUGCCAUCGCACCUCCUGCCUAUGCCCUUCAUGGUGGACAUGGUUGGUACAGUCACAGCGCAUCCGGACUACCCACACAUUCUUGACACGACGGCCAAAGUACUCGGCGAGAAGAGUAGUGUUAUCCCGACUUAUGUCACAACUUAG